GUGCCAGCAAACGCAAUACUGUGAUGAUGCAUCACGUGAAUCGAGGUCAUGAGCCGAUUCAAGGCCCCAUAUGGCCAUCUGGGAUGGAGAGCAAUCGCCUGGGACUGCCCGAUCCGAGUCUAGAAAAACCCUCGCGAAUAAUGACAAAGCCUGCCUCGAGGCCGAGUUGUGGGAGCUGGGCGAGCAGACACUGAGACAGAACCGUGCACUGUAUCAUUUGGCCCCCCAGCUUUCGACACGCCUAGCCCAGCGCUUAGCGGGCUAGGAAGAGCGACAAGAUCCCCCAAGCAACAUCAGCCCGAGCUUCACCAGGCUCGUCAGCGACGUGUGGAAUCGCCCAGGAUUGCGAGCUUCUAUCAUUUCACACACGCUGACAACGACUUCGACUGUUUCUGCGUCUCUCUCCCGCCGAUCGCAAGCGAUAGAGCCGUUUGACUUCGGAGCCGCAUCGACAAAAUAUCCGUUUUAGU